CCAAGCCAUUUCCGAUCCCAGAUUGACACAACACAAAACCAGACCAGUUCAGCUCGCGCAUAAACACAAAGUUAGCAGUGGAGUGGAGUACAUAAACGGGGUUGUACAUUAUUCGCAAGUAAACGACAUUAUGGGUUGCUCAAGUCGAAGAAGUUGAUCGAUUGUUCUCCUGAAUGGCAGCAUCGUCCUCCCUGAUUAGGUCAUGGAGGACGGCGUUUCUGACCCUCAGGGACGAAACCCUAAACUCUCCGCCGCGCAACACCGUCGCCAACCUCCUUCACCAUCACAUUUUCUCCCAAUCCGACAAUUUGAUCGCCGCCGCCCCCAACUUGCCUCCUCACGAGGUUACAUCCGACGUGAUGUUUCUGUUGGAAUUGGUUCGACAUACUUCUGAUUCUGAAGGCAAUGACGAUUUGAUCGAUACCUUUACGCUUUCAUGCCACCUGAUCCAUUAUCUUAGCCGUCUUGUUUCCCUUGAAAUAAAUUCAUCUUCGUGGACACUCGUGCUUGAUUCCUAUGGAAGGAUGAUGGAGAUUUUUAGUGGCAAAGCUAGUACAAAGAGAGUGUUUUUAGGGAAUGUUAGUGUAAUUAGAGCUAUAAAGCAAUGUUUAGAGACUAUAAAAUGUCUUAUUUGUGUGUAUCAAAGAAAAUGUUCACUAUCAGAAAAUACACAAUUAUUGAAUUUCCUUCUCAGCACAGUUGCAUCCUCCCAUGCUGAGUUAUUCUGCUCAUCUUACUUGAGUGGCAACCGAACUUGUGCUGCUGAAUUUGGAAACAGAAUGCCUAGAUACAACAGUUUAUGGGAAGUUCAGACUGUUGCGUUCACUAUGAUUGGUGAAGUUUUUUCAAGAGUUGGGUCUUCUUUCCCCCUUGAAACCUGGCAGUCAACAAUUGAGGUUCUUAAAAAAGUUAUGGAUGUCUUAGCAUCUAGGAACCUGCUUGUGGAAGACAAUGUCAUGGCCAGGUUUUAUACUUCACUUCUGCAUUGCCUGCACUUGGUUCUUGUAGAUCCUAAAGGACCCCUUUCAGACCAUGUGGCGGGUUUUGUAGCAGCUUUGCGGAUGUUUUUUGUCUAUGGCCUUACUAAAAGACCCAAACUUAUGUGUCCAAUAGCUGGUCAUAAGAAGGAACUUACUUCAAUGAGUCUUAAGUUAGAUUCAGUAGAAUCUAGUAAGUUAGAUCGUGGUCCAUAUAGGCCUCCUCACUUGCGCAAAAAAGGCCGGGAUAAUCUGCAGCAGCCGAAAACUUGGGAAUCUUCGAGUUUCUCGGAUCAUGAAUCUUCUAUAAUUGAUCAUACAUCAUCAGAUUCAGAUUACAGUGACAGUGAUGGAUCAGCAAAAGAUGCUGACAGCAUUUGCAGCUCUAAGGCUAGAGUGGCUGCCAUUGUUUGCAUACAGGAUCUUUGUCGAGCUGAUCCCAAAUCUUUUACUGCCCAAUGGACAAUGCUAUUGCCCUCCAGUGAUGUGCUACAGCCAAGGAAGUAUGAAGCAACUUUAAUGACAUGCUUACUAUUUGAUCCAUACUUAAAGGCACGGAUUGCAUCUGCCUCUACCCUUGCGACAAUGUUGGAUGGACCUGCAUCUGUUUUUCUCCAGGUAGCGGAAUACAAGGAAACCACUAAAUGUGGAUCUUUUACAGCACUUUCGAGCUCCCUUGGUUACAUACUAAUGCAACUUCAUGCAGGUAUUUUGUACUUAAUCCAGCAUGAAACUCAUAGCGGUUUGCUGGCGUCCUUGUUCAAAAUUCUCAUCCUUCUGAUAUCAUCCACACCAUAUUCAAGAAUGCCUGGGGAGUUGUUGCAAACUGUAAUCUCGUCUCUUCGGGCAAGGAUUGAAGAGGGCUUUCCGUUUAGAAGUGAUCAGACUGGUCUGAAGGCUACUGCUAUUAAUUGCUUGACGGCAGCUCUAUCUGUCUCACCUUCCUCACUGAAAGUCAGAGACAUGUUUGUAGAAGAACUAUCAAGAGGUAUUGUUAAGACUCAAGGGAUGUCUGGUGUUCUAUCUACCAUAUUUCGACAUUCUGAACCUGGAACAAGCCCUGCGAUAAGUUUUGAGGCUCUCCAGGCACUUAGAGCUGUGUCGCACAAUUACCCAAGUAUAAUGGAUGUGUGUUGGGAACAAGUUUCCAAUAUUGUUUAUGGAUUUUUGAGGCUUACUUCUCCUGAAGUCCCUACAAGGCCUUGGAAGGGUAAUGUCGGAAACACUGUUGGGUCAAUGGGGGAGAAAGUCAUUACAGCUGCAGUCAAGGUUUUGGAUGAAUGUCUUCGUGCUAUAUCUGGAUUUAAAGGAACCGAAGAUAUUUUAGAUGAUAAAUUACUUGAUACCCCCUUUACAUCUGAUGACACUAGGACCAAGAAAAUUUCAUCAGCUCCAUCUUAUGGAUCAGAGAGCCCAGCAGUCAUUAAGGACAAACCACAAACAUGUCAAUCAGGGAGCGAGCAGUGGUGUGAGGCAAUUGAGAAGCAUUUGCCUCUGAUUCUGUGGCAUUCUUCUGCGAUGGUGAGGUCUGCCUCAGUCACUUGUUUCGCAGGAAUUACUUCUUCUGUUUUCUCUUCUCUCCCAAAUGACAAACAAGAGUUCAUUUUUACUUCUUCUAUCAGAGCUGCUCUUAAUGAUGAGGUGCCUUCCGUUAGGUCAGCUGCUUGUCGUGCCAUUGGUGUGAUCACAUUUUUUCCACAAAUUUCAGAAAGUGCAGAGAUCCUUGAAAAGUUUAUCCAUGCUGCUGAGUUUAACACCCGUGAUCCUUUGAUCUCGGUGCGAAUUACGGCCUCCUGGGCUUUAGCAAAUGCAUGUGAUUCUCUCAGGCAUUGUAUUAAUGCUUUUUCCUCUAAAAGGUUUUCUAUAGAUUCAAAGGCAAGCUCUCGAUUGACUGCAGUAUUAUUUGAGUGUGGUUUGCGUCUGACUAAGGACAGCGACAAGGUCAAAGCAAAUGCUGUGAGAGCCCUGGGCAAUCUUUCAAGAUGUGUCCUAUUUACAAAUGGGUCAGGAGUUCAUGACAAGCCAGUAAAUAGUACCAGCUUCUCCCUAAUAAGUAAUGGUGCUGAAAAGCAUAGUGAUCUCAGAGAUAGUCACCAAGACCAACACACAUCAAAUUCAUUCCAGUUAGCUUCCCUUGAAGAUUCAGAUUGGCUAGAAAGAAUGGUCCAAGCAUUUCUUUCUUGUGUUACAACUGGAAACGUGAAGGUCCAAUGGAAUGUUUGUCAUGCAUUGAGGAACUUAUUUCUGAAUGAGACUACAAAACUGCAAGAUAUGGAUUGGGCUCCAUCAGUUUUUAGUAUUCUUUUACUCCUGCUUCGUGAUUCUUCUAACUUUAAGAUCAGGAUACAAGCUGCUGCUGCUUUGGCUGUGCCAGCAACCAUAUUUGAUUAUGGGAGAUCAUUCCCAGAUGUUGUCCAAGGUGUUGGGCAUAUACUCGAGAAUUUAAGUUCAGACUCAAUCUCAACGCCGUCAAGUUUCAAAUAUAGGGUUGCACUGGAGAAUCAGCUAACUUCUACCAUGUUGCAUGUGCUUGGUCUUGCUUCAAGAAGUGAUCAUCUGCCUAUAAAAGAUUUUCUGGUCAAAAAAGCUUCAUUUCUUGAGGAGUGGUUUAAAGUGCUAUGCUCCUCACUUGGGAAUACAAGUACUCAGAUUGGGGAUGAAAAUAGUUCCACCAGUCACCAAAAGAAAGAGGUUAUAUUAAAAGCGAUACAGUCGCUAAUUGAAGUGUAUGAAAGCAGGAAUCAUCAUGCCAUUGCACGGAGGUUUGAAAAGAUGGCAGCAGAACAUGAAUCUCUUCAUGCGGUUCAUUUCUCCUCCUAGUUGUCUGAUUGAUUGUUGUAGAACAUCACCACCAGUGGUUCCUUUGAAUCCUUUCUGUCCAUUAGUCUUUGGAAGAUCAUUGAUAUGAAGAUUGGGUAUAUAUUGUCCGUUAAGACAGGUUUAGGAACUCUGGUCAUGCAUUGUUUAAUGGACAUCACUGUAGUGUGCAGUUCAGUUGCGAUCUUCCUCUUGGACAUUGGCAGUGGCCUGACGGGAUGCAAAAUCAUUUUGAUUUUGGUAUGUUUCAGUUCAACAGGUUUGCAUAUUGUGUUGAAAGUCCGGUGUUAUAUGUUGGAUACGAGGCCAGAGGUUGCGGAGUGUCUCUAUCUGGUGUGGCACGAGGUGGAUGAAGUCAAGAGUAUGUGCGGGUUAAUGUGCUAUUUCACUCUCAUUAAUUGUCGAAAGGUUUUAUUUACAUGAAUAUUUAUAGAUUGCUGCGUGAAAUAUGUUUACUAUAAAGGAAAUCAGAUAGUGUAUCUAAUUUAGGAACCUUUGUAGUUUAUUAGAUUACCUAAUAUAACAAGGUUUGUAGCUUAUAAGAUUCCAUUCAUAACCUCUGUAGCUUAUAAAAUUCCAUUCUUUU